AUGUCUCACAGAAAGUACGAAGCCCCAAGACACGGUUCUUUAGGAUUCUUGCCAAAGAAGCGCUGCACUAACGUCGGUGCUAGAGGAAAGUGCAAGUCUUUCCCUAAGGAUGACGCUAAGAAGCCAGUCCACCUCACUGGUUUGAUGGGUUACAAGGCUGGUAUGACCCACGUCGUCAGAGACCUCGACAGACCAGGCUCAAAGAUGCACAAGCGUGAAGUCGUUGAGCCAGUCACCAUCGUCGAAACUCCUCCAAUGGCUGUCGUCGGUGUUGUCGGUUACGUCGAGACUCCAAGAGGUCUCCGCUCACUCACCACCGUUUGGGCUGAGCACCUUAGUGACGAACUCAAGCGUCGCUUCUACAAGAACUGGUACCGCUCAAAGAAGAAGGCUUUCACCAAGUACGCUAAGAAGCACUCUGAGAACUCUGGUGCUUCCAUCUCUCGUGAAAUCGAGCGUAUCAAGAAGUACUGUCAAGUCGUUCGUGUCUUGGCUCACACCCAAGUCUCAAAGACUUCUCUCCAGCAAAAGAAGGCCCACCUCAUGGAGAUUCAAGUGAACGGUGGCUCAGUCGCUGACAAGGUUGACUUCGCCAAGUCUCACUUCGAGAAGACCUUCAACGCCUCAUCUGUCUUCGAACAAGACGAGGUCAUCGAUGCCAUCGGUAUCACCAAGGGUAGAGGUUACGAGGGUGUCACCAAGAGAUGGAACGUCACUCGUCUCCCAAGAAAGACUCACAAGGGUCUUAGAAAGGUUGCUUGUAUUGGUGCUUGGCACCCAUCCAACGUCAUGUUCACUGUUGCGCGUUCUGGUCAGGAUGGUUUCCACCACCGUACCGAACUCAACAAGAAGGUGUACAGAAUCGCAAACGGUGAAGACAACAAGAACGCUUCUACCGACUUUGACCCAACUGACAAGCAAAUCACUCCAAUGGGUGGUUUCCCUCACUACGGUGUUGUUCAAAACGACUUCAUCAUGCUCAAGGGUUGUAUCGUUGGUCCAAAGAAGAGAGCUAUCACUUUGAGAAAGUCCCACCAAGUGCACACCUCAAGAGCACACCUCGAAAAGGUCAACCUCAAGUUCAUCGAUACAUCAUCCAAGAUUGGUCACGGUAAAUUCCAAACUUCAGCUGAAAAGGCUGCCUUCUACGGUUCUACCUCUGGCCGUCUCGCUUAA